UCGAAGAGCUCUGCCGCGUUUUCGUUCUCCGAUCUUUUUCCUUUUUUCGUGUUCUUUAAAUUAGGGUUUCUCUAUUCUCCUUUUUCUUCUUAGAUGAAUUUGAUGCUGUGAAGCAUUUUUUUUUCGAGCGGGAAGGAUUCCUGGGUUUGCUCUUAGGGUUCUCGCCGAAUUGUUAGGGGAAAAUUCCGGCGCUUUUUUUCUGUCUUCGCCGGAAUCUGAAUUUCUCCGGCAGAUAUGGCGUCCGAAAUUCCGAUGAGCCCUCAUUUGGAGCAGAUCCAUGGAGAAAUCCGUGACCUUUUCCGAGUCCUCGCGAAUGGGUUCCAGAGGUUGGAUAAGAUCAAGGAUUCAAAUAGACAAAGCAAGCAAUUGGAAGAACUUGCAGAGAAGAUGAGGGAAUGUAAAAGGUUGGUUAAGGAGUUCGAUCGUGAACUCAAAGAUGGUGAAGCUCGAAAUUCUCCUGAAGUAAAUAAGCAAUUGAAUGAUGAGAAACAAUCUAUGAUUAAGGAACUCAACUCUUAUGUUGCUCUAAGAAAAACGUACUUGAAUACACUCGGCAACAAGAAAGUUGAACUUUUUGACGCGGGAGCUGGAGUCAGCGGUGAACCCACAGCUGAAGAAAACGUCCAAAUGGCUUCGUCAAUGUCAAACCAAGAGCUUGUUGAUGCUGGAAUGAAAAGGAUGGAUGAGACGGACCAGGCUAUUGAACGCUCUAAACAGGUUGUGCAUCAAACAGUGGAAAUUGGUACUCAAACCGCAGCUAAUUUAAAGGGGCAGACGGAUCAAAUGGGCCGCGUUGUGAACGAUCUAGACACGAUUCAGUUCUCUAUCAAGAAAGCCUCACAGUUGGUGAAAGAGAUAGGGAGACAGGUAGCUACCGAUAAAUGCAUAAUGAUGUUCCUGUUUCUGAUUGUCUGUGGUGUUAUAGCCAUUAUCGUUGUGAAGAUUGUGAACCCAAACAACAAAGACAUUAGAGACAUCCCUGGAUUAGCUCCUCCAGCGCAAUCGAGAAGGCUAUUGUACUUGAGGAGUCCAGAGAGUACAUAAGAGAAUAGCUUUUUGGCUGAAUCCAGAGGAUUUGUUGCACAUCACAGUGUUGUUCAUUGUCAUUUGAAUCAUCCGAGUUUUGAUUUAGUAAUUUUGUAAAAUAUCAUCAUUCUUUUUACACUAUAACUGCUUUGUAUAAGUUUUAUACCAAUGUCAAUUAGUCCAGAGUGAGAC